GAGGAAGACUGUCACGUGGCGCCGGAGCUCACGUGAUUCGGAGUACACAUGACUCCCAGUCCCCGGGAGCCUCCAGGAGAGGAAGGACGCGGGGGAGCAGAGAUGAUCCGAGCCUCGCCGCCGCCGCUGUUCCUGCUGCUGCUGCUCGUGUCUUGGGCGCCCCUAAUCGAGGCAGCCCCCGACCAGGACGAGAUCCAGUGCCUCCCCGGGCUGGCCAAACAGCCAUCUUUCCGCCAGUUCUCCGGCUACCUCAAAGGCUCCGGCUCCAAGCACCUCCACUACUGGUUUGUGGAGUCCCAGAAGGAUCCCGAGAACAGCCCUGUGGUGCUUUGGCUCAAUGGGGGUCCCGGCUGCAGCUCCCUAGAUGGGCUCCUCACAGAGCAUGGCCCCUUCCUGAUCCAGCCAGAUGGUGUCACCCUGGAGUACAACCCCUAUUCUUGGAACCUGAUUGCCAAUGUGUUAUACCUGGAGUCCCCAGCUGGGGUGGGCUUCUCCUACUCUGAUGACAAACUUUAUGUAACCAAUGACACUGAGGUCGCCCAGAGCAAUUUUGAGGCCCUUCAAGAUUUCUUCCGUCUCUUUCCGGAGUACAAGAACAACAAACUUUUCCUGACUGGAGAGAGCUAUGCUGGCAUCUACAUCCCCACCCUAGCCGUGCUGGUCAUGCAGGACCCCAGCAUGAACCUUCAGGGGCUGGCUGUGGGCAAUGGACUCUCCUCCUAUGAGCAGAAUGACAACUCCCUGGUCUACUUUGCCUACUACCAUGGCCUUCUGGGGAACAGGCUCUGGUCUUCUCUCCAGACCCACUGCUGCUCUCAAAACAAGUGUAACUUCUAUGACAACGAAGACCCAGAAUGUGUGACCAAUCUUCAGGAAGUGUCCCGCAUCGUGGGCAACUCUGGCCUCAACAUCUACAACCUCUAUGCCCCAUGUGCUGGAGGGGUGCCCAGCCAUUUUAGGUAUGAGAAGGACACUGUUGUGGUCCAGGAUUUGGGCAACAUCUUCACUCUCCUGCCAAUCAAGCGGAUGUGGCAUCAGGCACUGCUUCGUUCAGGGAAUAAAGUGCGCAUGGACCCCCCUUGCACCAACACCACAGCUGCGUCCACCUACCUCAACAACCCGGACGUGCGGAAGGCCCUCCACAUCCCCGAGCAGCUGCCCCAGUGGGACAUGUGCAACUUCCUGGUAAACCUACAGUACCGCCGUCUCUACCGAAGCAUGAACUCCCAGUAUCUGAAGCUGCUUAGCUCACAGAAAUACCAGAUCCUGUUAUAUAAUGGAGAUGUAGACAUGGCCUGCAAUUUCAUGGGGGAUGAGUGGUUUGUGGAUUCCCUCAACCAGAAGAUGGAGGUGCAGCGCCGGCCCUGGUUAGUGAAGUACGGGGACAGCGGGGAGCAGAUUGCCGGCUUCGUGAAGGAGUUCUCCCACAUUGCCUUUCUCACUAUCAAGGGCGCCGGACACAUGGUCCCCACCGACAAGCCCCUCGCUGCCUUCACCAUGUUCUCCCGAUUUCUGAACAAGCAGCCGUAUUGAUGACCACCGCGACCAGCUUCCCCACAGCCUGCUGCAGCUCCUCCUAGCCUCUCCUAGCCUGUCCUGCUAGGAGAGUCCUCUUGUAAGCAAAGUGUCCCUGCAGGGCAGGUUCUGCCUCUGGGACUCCCAUAGACAGCCUGGGGGCAGGUUAGCACUUCAUUCCCGCAGUAGUUCCUGAAUGGGGUGGCCUGGCCCCCUCUCUACUUAAAGAACGCCCUUUAUGAUGCACUGAUCCCAUCCCAGGACCCCAACAGAGCUCAGGACAGCCCACAGGGAGGUGGUGGACGGACUAUAAUUGAUGGAUUCACUGAUUAUGCAAUUAAAUUGGGUACAGUUUCAAA